AUGGAAGAAGAAGUCGCUGCUCUCGUUAUCGACAAUGGUUCGGGUAUGUGCAAGGCCGGUUUCGCCGGUGACGAUGCUCCCCGUGCUGUCUUCCUACAGCCUCCAUUGUCGGUCGUCCCCGUCAUCAUGGGUAAUUAUCGUCCUUCCCCCCUAUCCUCCGGGCGGUCAGCUGACCCUCGCAGUAUCAUGAUCGGUAUGGGCCAGAAGGACUCGUACGUCGGUGACGAGGCUCAGUCCAAGCGUGGUAUCCUCACCCUGAGAUACCCCAUCGAGCACGGUGUCGUCACCAACUGGGAUGACAUGGAGAAGAUCUGGCAUCACACCUUCUACAACGAGCUCCGUGUCGCCCCCGAGGAGCACCCCGUCCUCUUGACUGAGGCCCCCAUCAACCCCAAGUCCAACCGUGAGAAGAUGACCCAGAUCGUCUUCGAGACCUUCAACGCCCCCGCCUUCUACGUCUCCAUCCAGGCCGUCCUGUCCCUGUACGCCUCCGGUCGUACCACCGGUAUCGUCCUGGAUUCCGGUGACGGUGUCACGCACGUGGUCCCCAUCUACGAGGGUUUCGCCCUCCCCCACGCCAUCUCGCGUGUCGACAUGGCUGGCCGUGACUUGACCGACUACCUGAUGAAGAUCCUGGCCGAGCGUGGCUACACCUUCUCCACCACCGCCGAGCGCGAAAUCGUCCGUGACAUCAAGGAGAAGCUCUGCUACGUCGCCCUCGACUUCGAGCAGGAGAUCCAGACCGCCGCCCAGAGCUCCGGCCUCGAGAAGUCGUACGAGCUGCCCGACGGACAGGUCAUCACCAUCGGCAACGAGCGCUUCCGUGCCCCCGAGGCCCUCUUCCAGCCCAGCGUUCUGGGUCUGGAGAGCGGUGGCAUCCACGUCACCACCUUCAACUCCAUCAUGAAGUGUGAUGUUGAUGUCCGUAAGGAUCUGUACGGCAACAUUGUCAUGUCUGGUGGUACCACCAUGUACCCCGGUAUCUCCGACCGUAUGCAGAAGGAGAUCACCGCCCUGGCGCCCUCGUCCAUGAAGGUCAAGAUCAUCGCGCCCCCGGAGCGCAAGUACUCCGUGUGGAUCGGUGGUUCCAUUCUGGCCUCUCUGUCCACCUUCCAGCAGAUGUGGAUCUCCAAGCAGGAGUACGACGAGAGCGGACCCUCGAUCGUCCACCGCAAGUGCUUCUAA